AUGGAGAAUGAUGGCAAAGAGUCGUAUAAAGAUGGUGAUCAAUUUGAAGAUUUAAGUGUUGAGUAUGAGUGCAGUUCCGAUGAAAGUGAUGAUAUGGUGGAUGUAACUGUAGAUGAAGCAGAGGCAGAUAUAAUUAAUGUUGAUGGUUUUGAAAAGUUGAUAACUGAUUUGACCAUUGAAGACAUAUGGAAUUGGUACUUGAAGACAGUGGAUGCUAAUGACAACAUUAAUACAAGACAAUUGGUUUGCAAUAAAGCAGGAGAAAGACAUUGGAAGCACUUUAACAGGGACAAUCAGCAAAGAAAGCAUAGGGCAAUUACUCGAUUAACUGCAGGACGAGGAUUCGUUUCAUUCGUCACUAUAGAAUGGUACAGACAUCUUAUUGCCGCAAAUCGUGGGCUUAAUGAGGCCGAUAAAACACAAGCAGACAGCUUGCGAGCAUUUGGUGUUAAAACUUGCCACAUAAUAGGUUACAUGGUUUUCCAAAAAGGUGGAGAUGAUAAAUUGAGUUUUACCAGCAAAGACUUACAUAACCACAUUAGUAAGACUAGGCGUGGUAAAAUGAAAGACGGUGAUGCAUUUGUUGCGUUGGCCUAUCUGUUGUCUAAGGCAGACAGUGACCCGUUAUUUCUAGGAAAGUUCACCUUAAAGGAGGGUAGGUUGGAUAAUUUGGUGUGGGCUGAUGGAGAAAGCGUUAUUGAUUACGAAUGUUUUGGCGAUGUACUCGUUUUUGACACCACUUACAAGAAAAAUGUCUACAACAAGCCCUUAGUCAUAUUUUCAGGGACCAACCACCAUGGCCAGACAACUAUCUUUGGAUGUGCUCUGCUCUCAGAUGAAAGUUCCGAAUCUUUCAAGUGGGCACUGAAGGAAUUUUUGGAAAUCAUGUCAGGAAAACUACCCGGAGGCGUUAUGACAGACGGAGACCAUGCUAUGAGAGAGGCUAUCUUAGAAGUAUUUCCUGGUAUACCACGCCGCCUUUGUGCAUGGCAUCUCCAUCGUAAUGCGAGAUGGAGCGAGAUCAUAUCCAAAUACGGACUUGCCGAGAAUGAAUGGAUCCAGAGCAUCUAUAAUGACAAAAUGAAGUGGGCUACCGCAUAUUUGAGGGAGCACUUCUUUGGCCGCAUAAGAACUACAUCACAGUGUGAGGGAAUUCAUUCAUUAUUGAAGAACUAUGUUGACAGUUUUGAGAAACAAGAUGCUGUUUUGACUACGUGCUUAGAAAGUUUUGAGAAACAAGCUGCUGAACUUUAUACUAGAAAUAUUUUUAAACUUGUGAAAGAUGAGAUAGAAGCAACAGGUGCCUUAAAUGUGACUGAAUGCCCAAAGAGUGGAGACAUUGUUGAGUACAACACGACCAACUAUAGGGAAAUAUCAGGUGAGUUACUUAAGCUAAUUUCGAAGGUACAAAAUAAAGGUGAUGCACAAGCGAGGCUUUCUCCCAUGUCAACGCUAAUAGGUGAUCCAGCUGUUGUGAAGACAUGUCCAUUACUUGUCAAGGGAGACUCACCCGCCGAAUACUCAAAUGUUGAAGAUGAACCAAUGGUUGAAGAAUGUGAUGCCAAUAAACAGACUCCCUCUCAGAACACAAAAUCAAGAGAAAAUACACCCGUGCACAAUAACAAUAAUUUUAAAACUGAAGAAAUCACUCGAACUCAAGAGACAUUAAAAGAUAAGACUAACACAUCAGGAAUAGACGAGACCGAAGUUCCAGAUACAGCCACAACCAAGAUAACAGGAUUGCCACAAUAUCCUAUGCAUCAUUAUCCAGUUGUCCUUCCUUAUCAACCUUAUGGUGGAGUCCUCCCUAUUCCUUUUCAUCCUGUUCCAAAUGGCAUGGCGUACUUCAACCAAUAUCCUUCUACAAAUGAACCAACGAAGAACAAUUAA